AUGUCUUCCUCUAACAACACCUCUAGCUUUGCAGAGCCAAGGCCCUCAGAGCCCCUAUCAAUCCUCGCCGGCGAAACCAACUUCGCUACGUGGUCCACCGCACCCAAGUGCUCUAAAUGCUUGGGAUCCUGGCAUUUUCAAGACCUUUACCGGAAAACAGGCUCAGCCAGUUCCCAAGAAUCCCUCAACUACCAAGUAGACUUGCAAGUCUCGCCAUCUUUUGUCGUGACUUCGCGCUAG